GUUGUUCAGUUGAUCAGUGAUCGCACUUCCCCGUUCUUUCCCAGGGAGUCCGCCAUAGUUGGCGCACGUACAUUUUAAUCAGACCGAGAAUAAUCGAAAAACAUCCAAAAUGGUGAAUUUUACAGUAGACGAAAUUCGUGCCAUGAUGGACAAGAAGAAAAACAUCAGAAACAUGUCCGUCAUUGCGCACGUCGAUCAUGGAAAGUCAACUCUGACAGACUCCCUUGUGUCCAAGGCUGGUAUUAUCGCCGGUGCAAAAGCUGGUGAGACGCGUUUCACUGACACUCGUAAGGAUGAACAGGAGAGAUGUAUUACAAUUAAAUCAACUGCCAUUUCUAUGUACUUUGAACUUGAUGAUAAAGAUUUGGUAUUCAUCACCAACCCUGACCAACGUGACAAAGCAGAGAAAGGUUUCUUGAUCAAUUUGAUUGAUUCACCCGGUCACGUUGAUUUUUCAAGUGAAGUAACUGCUGCACUUCGUGUCACUGAUGGUGCUCUCGUUGUCGUCGAUUGUGUGUCUGGUGUUUGUGUGCAGACUGAAACUGUAUUGCGUCAAGCUAUUGCUGAGCGUAUUAAGCCUGUUUUGUUCAUGAACAAGAUGGACCGUGCUCUGUUGGAAUUACAACUUGAAAGUGAAGAUCUUUAUCAAACUUUCCAACGUAUUGUUGAAAACGUCAACGUUAUUAUCGCCACUUACUCUGAUGAUGAUGGUCCCAUGGGAGAAGUUCGCGUUGAUCCUAGCAAAGGUUCCGUUGGUUUUGGAUCAGGUCUUCACGGUUGGGCCUUUACUCUCAAACAAUUCUCUGAGAUGUACGCUGAGAAAUUCAAGAUUGAUACCGUUAAAUUGAUGAACCGUCUCUGGGGAGAAUCAUUCUUCAACCCCAAGACCAAGAAAUGGAGCAAACAGAAGGAAGCUGAUAACAAACGUUCCUUCUGUAUGUACGUCUUGGACCCAAUUUACAAGGUCUUUGACUGCAUCAUGAACUACAAGAAAGACGAAGCUGAUACUCUUCUUACUAAAUUAGGUAUCACUUUGAAGCCCGAAGACAAGGACAAGGACGGAAAAGCUCUUUUGAAGGUUGUAAUGAGAACUUGGUUGCCAGCUGGUGAAGCUUUACUUCAGAUGAUAGCCAUCCAUCUUCCAUCACCUGUAGUUGCUCAGAAAUACCGUAUGGAAAUGUUAUACGAAGGACCCCAUGAUGAUGAAGCUGCUCUUGGUAUCAAGAACUGUGAUCCCAAUGGACCACUCAUGAUGUACGUAUCUAAAAUGGUACCGACAUCUGACAAAGGACGUUUCUACGCUUUUGGACGUGUUUUCUCUGGUAAAGUGUGCACUGGAAUGAAAGCACGUAUCAUGGGUCCAAACUUUACUCCAGGAAAGAAAGAAGAUUUGUACGAAAAAGCUAUCCAACGUACCAUUCUUAUGAUGGGUCGUUACGUAGAAGCUAUCGAAGACGUACCUUCCGGUAACAUCUGUGGUCUUGUUGGUGUUGAUCAGUUUUUGGUUAAGACCGGUACCAUUACAACUUACAAGGACGCUCACAACAUGAAAGUUAUGAAAUUCUCCGUAUCACCUGUCGUACGUGUGGCUGUUGAGCCCAAGAACCCAGCUGAUUUACCUAAACUGGUAGAAGGAUUGAAACGUUUGGCCAAGUCCGAUCCUAUGGUGCAAUGUAUCAUUGAAGAGUCUGGUGAACACAUUAUUGCUGGAGCUGGUGAACUUCAUCUUGAGAUUUGUCUUAAAGAUUUGGAAGAAGAUCACGCAUGCAUUCCUAUUAAAAAAUCAGAUCCAGUUGUUUCUUACAGAGAAACUGUUUCUGAAGAAUCCGACCAAAUGUGUUUGUCGAAAUCACCUAACAAGCACAAUCGUCUUUUCAUGAAAGCCCAGCCAAUGCCAGACGGUCUUGCUGAAGAUAUUGACAACGGUGAGGUUAAUCCUCGAGAUGAUUUCAAAUCACGUGCUCGUUAUCUUGGUGAAAAAUACGAUUAUGAUGUAACAGAAGCUAGAAAAAUAUGGUGUUUCGGACCUGAUGGAUCUGGACCAAACAUUCUUGUCGAUUGUACCAAAGGAGUGCAGUACCUCAAUGAAAUAAAAGAUUCAGUUGUUGCUGGAUUCCAAUGGGCAACGAAAGAAGGUGUUCUUUCAGAAGAAAAUCUUCGUGGUGUUCGUUUCAACAUUUAUGAUGUUACCCUUCAUGCUGAUGCUAUUCACAGAGGUGGUGGUCAAAUUAUUCCAACAACAAGACGUUGUCUCUACGCUUGUCUUCUUACUGCCUCCCCGCGACUUAUGGAGCCUGUUUAUCUUUGUGAGAUUCAGUGUCCAGAAGUUGCUGUUGGUGGAAUCUAUGGAGUACUCAAUCGUAGACGUGGUCACGUAUUCGAAGAACAACAAGUUGCUGGUACACCGAUGUUCGUUGUCAAAGCUUACUUGCCUGUAAAUGAAUCCUUUGGUUUCACUGCUGAUUUACGAUCCAACACCGGAGGACAAGCUUUCCCACAAUGUGUAUUCGAUCACUGGCAAAUUCUUCCUGGUGAUCCCCUUGACCAGGGUACCAGACCAUACCAAGUCGUACAGGAAACGAGAAAAAGGAAGGGAUUGAAAGACGGUCUCCCAGAUUUGUCAUCAUACUUGGAUAAAUUGUAACCAAUUUUGAUUUUUUCACUCUAUUUAAAUAUUGUAUUUCAAUUAAAUGACAACGGAUACAAUCAACUCCGUACUGUCAAUUUAAAUUUGGUGGCUUUGUUUCAAGAUACCGUUUGUUGAGAUUUUAAAACGAUGCGAAGAAUUGGAACGAUAAAUUUAACAAAAAGUAUUACAGGAUUAUCUUCGCUGAAAAAAAUAAAUAACAAUAUAAAAAAAAAUAAUUGUAGCCACUAAUGAAUUCUAUAAUAUAAAUCCUGUAAUUUUUUACAUAACUUUUUUUAUAAUUCAGCUUACAUUAUUAAUUUUCGUAAUGAACUUUUUUUCUUUCUUUAUUUUUUCAAACGACUGAACGAAUGAGAUGAGAUUUAAAAAGAGAAAUACGAUAAAUGUAUUCAUGUUAAAGGCGUAAGCAAAUACGACAAAUAUAAAGAUCUUAUAAAGAACAACAAAA